GGUAAGUACUGGUGGUAGGUAGUUAUCGGUCGAUUGUUUCCCUUCUCAUUUCACUCAACUACCUACCUAAUUGGCACGCCUAUCUAUCUAUAAUCAUCGCUCGGGACAGCAGAGUCGGCGUCGUCGUCCUGUGUCCGUCUGUCUGUCUGUCUGUCGGUCUUUCUGACCAACUAACCAAGUGUAUUGGCUACGGGAAGGGAAGGAAGGUUAUACCAAUUGAACCGGGUUUGACGAGGACCCUACCGCGCCUGCAUAUGUUUGCUGAUCGACGCGUCCAAGCGGGCAUGGCCGAUUUCCUGAAGGAGCAGGUGUCAUCGCACAAACUCGCCCAGGACCAGAUUGCGCAGUCCUGGCAACCAUCGAGACGUCCAGCAGCAGCACGGAGGGAGAUAAAGGGAAUAAUCCGUCAUGAAGCGCAAGAAAGCAGCCUGCGCCGUCGCCGCCCUUCCCUCUCUCUUGUCCUCUUGGUGAUACUCGCCAGCUGCUGUCUGUGGCGUGUUUGGAUAUCAGCGACCAGCUACCACAUCCUCGUUGCCGAUAUGCAGCUUCGAGAGGGGAACAAUGCUUUCCUGGCCUUCCUGGCCGCCGCCUUCACGGCCCUCGCAGUCGGUCCAGCAGCCGCCGACUCGUGCAAUCCCUUCACGCCCUUCGUGCCGAUUGAUCCCCAGAGCUGGACCAACCCCGACAACAUGACCUGGGAUGAAUGGGUGAAGCCACCAGGCACCAAUUGGUCGGAUCCAACCCGCAAGGGUUCUGUCCGCAACUUCAACAUCGCCCUUGUUGUUGUCGACUAUCCAGACAGACCCUUCAUCGUCACCCAGCCAGCGCACUCGACCAUCUUCAGUAAUCCCCAGCCUGCUGGUGCCGAUGUCGCCCGGGAAGAUGUGCCCAUUUUCUACCGCGAUCUUCUCAAUACGCCCAACGACCUGAACCGGGGCCACACUCUUCACGAGUACUGGAUGGAGGACUCGGUCGGUCGCUUCGGCGUCGAUCUGACGGCUUUCGGCGCUUAUCGCCUGUCCGGCAACGGAUACCAAUAUGGCAUCGACAACGGCUUCAACCCUGGUGCAUGCCCGGAGGGGGAGAGGUGCGGUCUGAACAUCCGCACCGAUGCCCUUGCGGCAUGGCGCGCUGACGUGGGUAACGCGACGGCCGAUGCCUUCGAGCUAGUCUUCAUCCUCUCCGCUGGCCAGGACGAGUCCUCUACGUGGCAAGAGUUUGGCGAGAUUAAGUUUGACGGUCCUGACGAUGUUCCGGACGAGUUUGGCCCUCCGAAAUCCCGGAACAGCUCGCUACCCAACUACGCGCGCACGCGCUAUGUGCCUUGGACUUCGUGGGCGGCCGCUUCCACCCUUUGGCCCAACGCUGGUGGCGGCUCCUCCACACAGGGCGAAAGCUCGGGCAUGGCCGUCUACGCUCACGAGCUGAGCCACUUGCUGGACAUUGGCGACAACUACAAUAACCCUUACGGCCUCCCGUUGCGCAGGUCCUACACCGGCCCUUGGUCUAUGAUGUCGCGCGGCUCCUUCAACGGACCCGGCGGCCCGCAUUCACGCUGGCAGGUCCCGGCGCUGCAGGGCUCCUCGAUGGGAUCGCUACACACCCUGCGCGACAAGUUUCAGCUUGGAUUGAUCAAUAAGACAGACAUACUCUGGCUGUCUCGUGAGGCUUUGGCUACUUCCGGAAUCGCCGUGGCCAAUCUCGUGGCCCGCUCCGUCGACCCAGGCGACGGCUUGAUGGGUGUCCGCGUCAUCAUGGAUGCCGACCGAUCCCCGACGUGCAACGCCACGACAGAGGUCAUGUGUGACGGCGGCGGCUGGAACAACUACGACAUCGAAGUCGUCGACCGCAUGGGUUCCGACUCGUUCCAGCCCGACUCUGGCGUCUUGAUCAGCAAAUCUAAGAACGUCGAUAAUCAGCCCUUCCAGUGGGUCAUUGACGCCAACCCCCAGGACAUUGAGCUUGUCGACUUCUACCGCCCCAACGGUUCUGUCGCCAUGGUCACCCUGGGCGACUACCGCCAGCUUGCCGAUGCCCUCUUUCACGCGGGGCCAAACUCGGGCAGCGAGUUCGAGUUCGUCGACAAGCCCAACAGCCUGCACUUCUACAUCAUUGACCGCCACCGCGAUGACGAAGGGGUCCUUUCGUACACAGUCGCUGUCAGAUCACUCGAGGGCGAGGGCGGCGCAAGCAUCCAUGACGUGUCUAUGGGAGACGGGGCUGUGACUGACCUCAAGACCAACGCGCCCACCGGCCAAGGAGUGACGUGCUCUUUUCAGCUCACCAACAGCGGCUCCAACGUCAUCGUCGACCCGGACGUGGCUCAGCACCCCGAGGAUGUGACGGCCUUCUUGGACUCAGACGUCUACAGGCUGAGCGCCGAGGUCGAGGGCGCCGGCUGGCGCGUGGAGCUGCCCAACGCCCUCGUCGCGGCCAAGUUUGGCGAGAUCAGAACGGCCAGGGUUUCCGUCGGGGCUGCAUCAGACGCUGUGGACUCGGCCGUGGUGACGUUAAAGGCGACGUCCGAGUCCGAUCCAUCUGUAGUUGCUUCUGCUCAGUGCCAAGUGACCAAGUCAUGAUGACUUAUCAGGCUCCUUUCUCAAUGAAACAAACAUAUUCUCUGCAGUGAUAGAAAUGCAUACAUACAUAGUUCGCCAUCUGAUGCACUGGACAUGGUCUAUAAUU